GGCUAGAACGCUUAACCUUGGAAGACCUUUCGAGUGAGUGUUUUGUUGAACAUUCAUUACCUGCAGUGUGACGUGACUAGGGCGCUUAUCGACCCAGCCCCGAUGAUCUGACCGAAAGGCCGCCGCCAUUUGCUGUCAUCUCGGAACCUUGACUAUCAACCCGUCUUGAGCAUGGCAACCCUAACGAGAAGCGACCAAUCCCAUGGUUCCUAUGUUAAGCUGGAGCCUGGAAUAACGAUCACUUACCCUGCUCUAUCAACAGAGUGGACGGUCCUUCAAGCGUUUCGAUUGCACCAUCAGCGGCUUGAACGUAAGACUAAGUACCAGCCGUUAAGAAGGUCCCUCCAAGGUAUCAGUACCAUCAAAUGGCAAAACGACCUUGCUUUGUUUGACACCCAUCUCCGCCACAUUUUGACUAGGGGCGACUUAGACACGAUUGUCAAGCAUAAGCUCAAAGAACAAGAACAAAUUGCUCAAUCACAGCUUGUGUCAAUUUGUACCUUGCUCAACCGCUUGACAAACUCACAGCUUUUGUCGGGACUCUCUGAAGAUGCAAAUCUCAACGAGCAAGACAGUCCUUACCCGAGACUCUUGUUGCUGGCUCAAAUUCUCAACGAUACUGAGUGGAACUUUGACCUGAUAACAGGACAGGGACGGGUCCUUUUUGUUCUGGACUCAGAACAGGACGCAUAUGAGGCAAACAAUAUCGUUCGCACUUUCGAUGAAUUUUUCUCUCAAGUCAUGCUACCCAUGCGUGUUGAGAAAGCUCAACAUCCGACUACGGAAGCAUGGCAGUCUCGUCUCGGGUUAAGAGACCGAGCUGUCAAAGGGCUUGAAUACUUGUUCCUUCGUGUCCCGCAGGGCCAGUCUCAAGUUUGCCAGGGUCAUAGGAUCCUAAUACAGUUACCCGAUUGGGAUACCAUUGACAGACCCCCAGAACCGGAAACAGCGUUGGAACUUUUCUUUUCAGCCUGCGCCAGUUCAAAAGAUUGGCAUCAGGCAUGGGAAAGCGAUGAUGAGUAUGUCUGCGAUUUUUGCGACGAUCUGAGAGACGCGAAGACGAGUGGGAAUGUCUUUCGAUUUAUUGCUAGGGACAACAACCUGUUUAUAUCAUCAAACGAUGAUAACCAACGACGCGCUCGGCCAAACUGCCAGCCCACCAGGUCACUGUAUGAUCUCAUAGAGAAUCAGAGUUUCUGUGAAUCACGGAACAUCAACCCGUUCAUGCCUCCGAUAAAAACACAGCGUUUCAACGAAAAGAAGAGACGGGCCCUCGCUUCACGACUUGCAUUGAGCCUAUCGCUAUUCCUCAACUCAGAUUAUGUUUUGAAUGCAUCCGAGGCGACUACUGUCUUUUUUGUUCUCGAGAAUGGCCGGUGCGAGUUGGAUCUAGUGUACGCUACUUCAGCUGCCAAUAAUCACAACCAGAACACAGCAUUCAACGAGUCAAUGUCUUUAUACAACAACCUUGCCAGGAUACUUCUAGAGAUAGAGUACGGGUUUUCGUUGAAAAGUUUAGAACUCGAAAAUAUGAAGACUUGGGUGAAUAAUAGACUAAUAUUAGGCUAUGAGGAGUCGGGCAGCGAGGACGAUAUUAACAUCAAAGAUACCGAGGCGAGGAUUUCGUAUUUAACAGCGGUUCGAGACCUCUUGAACUUUAAAAAAACAUACAGAAAAGGGUCCCGUCGGUUCAAGGGCAUUCUUUUUGACAUUGGGGCCAUCGCUAGUGAGGUAAUCUUCUCAGAUGUUGCGGAGCGGCUUCGAAGUUGCAUCGAGCCAACACAACUGCGAGUUUCAGGGCUUGAAAGCUCUAAAGAAGAGCUCCUAACUCCUACCGAGGAUAAUGACAGCAUGCGGACGAUGAAAGAGAGAAAGGUUGUUAUGAGAUCAACCGUGCGGACAAUGGCAUUCAAGAAUCGGGCAACACCAUUUCAGCUGUUUGACGACAAAGACGAGUUUGAAGAGGACAAAGGGCAGUUUCACAAGAGCUGCGAAGAGCGAGCUACCUUUAUGCAGUCCAUUUCACGGUUCUCGCCCAAGCCUGUUCGCAUCGCUGUGCUUGAUACCGGCAUCGAUAAGAAUAGUGGUGCCAUAAGAGGAGGGUUAAGAACACACCGCAUCAAACAUCAGAAUUGUCGCAGUUGGGUGGGAAAUGACUCUAAUGACGUUCACGACUAUGACGGCCAUGGAACAAGAAUUGCGGAGCUCAUCCUUCGAGCUGCCCCCGAGGCUGACAUUUACAUUUGUAAAGUUUUCAACGGCCGCAGUCUUCUUCCAGAUGAGGUCGAAGGCAUCGCAAAAGUUCGUAGUUGGAAUACGUUUCUACCCUACAAGUCUUUAUCUGGCUGA